AUGGAUAUCGCUGCUUGGUUCGAAAUCACACUUUUUGACAUUAUUUUUGUCGUCGUUGUUCUUGGAUUGUUUCUUUAUUGGUUGACAAAGACCGAAAGACCACUUCCACCACAACCAAAACAACUUCCCCCACUUCCUAUGACUGACAUGACUCUCGCUGAACUUCGAAAGUACGACGGUGUGAAGAAUGAACAUAUUCUUUUUGGCUUGAACGGAACGAUCUAUGAUGUUAGUCGCGGACGCAACUUCUAUGGACCCGGCAAGGCUUAUGGAACGUUGGCUGGUUAUGAUGCCACUCGCGCUCUCGCAACUAUGAAUCAGAACAUUGUUUCCGAUGAAUGGGAUGAUCACGAAGAUCUCACUGCAGAGGAGAAGGAGACUGCAAACGAGUGGGAAAGUCAGUUCAAAUUCAAAUAUUUCACAGUUGGACGCUUGGUAAAAUCAAACGAAGAGAAGAGAGAUUAUGGCGGGCGUUUGUCGACGAUCCUCGGCUCCCAAUCACUUGAUUCUCUUGUCGCUGACAAGAAAAACGACUAG